UUUGAUUACUUUCUGCAAUGCUAAAAGCUAGCAAGUGAUAGCUUAUAAAUGUGCAGUGAGUUCACAGGGAGGACGAGAGGGUGCACAGUGAUGAACGAACAAGUGGAGCUAUUUCACCUGUUGUGAAAUAGCGAGCUAACCCUGGCAGUAAGAUAACGCAGAUCGACUGACAACAACAAGGUUGCAGUCGAAUCAAUCACCAGAAUAACUGGAUAAAGCACCGUGGACGCGCCAACAAUAGAGAGGGAUGUGCAAUGGCAUCGGUGCGGGUAGCUGUUCGGCUCAGGCCGAUGAACAGGCGGGAGAAGGAUCUGACGGCAAAAUGCAUUAUUGGAAUGGAGGGAACAAAGACUACUAUUUCAAACCUAAAGAUGACAGAUGGAAUUACUGGGGAUUCUGUGAGAGAGAGAACCAAGACCUUCACGUAUGACUUUUCCUAUGACUCCUCUGACUGCAAAAGCACCAGUUUCGUUUCUCAAGAAAAGGUUUUUAAAGAUCUGGGCUCUGAUGUCCUGAAGGCUGCUUUCGAAGGCUACAAUGCUUGUAUCUUCGCCUAUGGCCAGACGGGCUCUGGAAAGUCUUACACCAUGAUGGGCAAUCCAGAAGAUGCAGGACUCAUCCCAAGAAUAUGUGAGGGUCUUUUCAGCCGCAUUGCUGGGAUGACACGAUGGGACGAGGCCUCUUUCCGCACGGAAGUCAGUUAUUUGGAGAUCUACAAUGAGCGUGUCAGAGACCUGCUCCGAAGAAAGUCCACACAGACUUACAACCUGAGGGUGAGGGAGCACCCCAAAGACGGACCCUAUGUGGAGGACCUGUCAAAGCAUCUGGUGCAGAACUAUAGUGACGUGGAGGAGCUGAUGGAAGCAGGCAACAUCAACCGCACCACGGCAAGCACCGACAUGAACGACACCAGCAGCCGCUCGCACGCCAUCUUCACCAUCAACUUCACUCAGGCAAAGUUUGAUGCAGAGAUGCCUUGCGAGACGGUCAGUAAGAUCCACCUGGUGGACCUGGCGGGCAGUGAGAGGGCGGACGCCACGGGAGCCACAGGUGUCAGGCUAAAGGAAGGAGGCAACAUCAACAAAUCUCUGGUUACCCUGGGCAAUGUCAUCUCCGCUUUGGCUGACCUCACCCAGGAUGCAGUAAACACCAACCUGAAGAAGAAGCAGGUGUUCGUGCCUUACAGAGACUCGGUGCUGACCUGGCUGCUGAAGGACAGUCUUGGAGGCAACUCCAAGACCAUCAUGAUCGCAACCCUUUCACCUGCUGACGUCAACUAUGGAGAGACGCUGAGCACACUUCGCUACGCCAACCGUGCCAAGAACAUCAUCAACAAGCCCACAAUCAACGAGGACUCCAACGUUAAGCUCAUCAGGGAACUGAGGGCAGAAAUCGCCCGACUAAAAGCACUCCUCAUCCAGGGGAACCAGAUUGCUCUGCUAGAUUCGCCCACCGCCUUGAGCAUGGAGGAGAAACUGCACCAGAAUGAAGCAAGGGUACGAGAGCUGACUAAGGAGUGGACUAACAAAUGGAAUGAAACUCAGAAUAUUCUGAAGGAAGAGACCCUUGCCCUAAGAAAAGAGGGGAUCGGUGUGGUCCUAGACUCCGAGUUGCCGCACCUUAUCGGAAUUGACGAUGACCUCCUUAGCACUGGGAUUAUCCUCUACCAUCUAAAGGAGGGCAGAACGUAUGUUGGCCGAGAUGAUGCAUCAACAGAGCAGGAUAUCAUUCUCCAUGGGUUGGACCUGGAGAGCGAACACUGCAUGUUUGAGAACCAGACCGGCACAGUCACCCUGAUACCGCUCAACGGGGCCCAAUGUUCAGUAAAUGGGGUGCAAGUGACAGAGCCAGCACCGCUCAAUCAAGGUGCUGUCAUCCUGCUAGGCAGAACAAACAUGUUUCGUUUCAACCACCCUAAAGAGGCAGCUAAAUUAAGGGAAAAAAGGAAGAGUGGGCUACUCUCCUCUUUCAGUUUGUCAAUGACAGAUCUUUCCCAGUCAUGUGAGAACCUUUCCACCGUCAUGCUUUACAACCCAGGUUUCUUCAAUGAAAGGGGGCCCAUCUUUCUCAGGUUAGAGUUUGAGAGACAGCAACGGGAAGAACUGGAAAAGCUGGAGCAUAAAAGGAGGCUGAUCAAGGAGAUGGAGGAGAAGCAGAAGUGUGAGAAGGCCGAGCUGGAGCGCCUGCAGCAGGAGGUGGAGUCCCAGCAGAAGGAGUCGGAGCAGGUCCAGCUCCGCAUCCGGCGCCAAGAGGAGAGCCUCCGCUGCCGCAGCCAGGACAUCGAGAGCCGCCUCCGCGACCUCCUGGCCGAGAAGGAGCGCUUCGAGGAGGAGCGAGGCCGCGACACUCAAGAGCUGGACCUGCAGAGACGGCAGCAGCGAAAGCAGCAGGAGGAGUGGAACGAGCGGGAGGCGCAGGACGUGGAGGUGCGGCGCCAGCAGGAGGCGGCCGAGCGCGCAGAGCAGACGGAAAUCUACCGCGAGCUGGAGCGGCUGAAACGCGAGCGCGAGGAGCAGGAGGUGAGGUUGGAAGCGGAGCGCCGGCGCUUGGAGGAGCAGGAGCGCGAGCAGCUGAGUCUAGUCGGGCGCUUGGAGGAGCAGCUUCGCGAACGCCACGAGGCUGCCGCCGCACUCCUGACCCGCGAGGAUCGCAGGCGCCUGGAGAACGAGAGCUGCGCCCUUGCCGAGAUCCGUGAGGUCCUGCUCCGUGCCAAGGAGGCCUGUGAGCGCCCUGAUGGUGAAGAAUCCUGGAAUGAGGUACGCGCCGCCCAGGCAAGCUAUACAGACUUUAAGGCCGCCCAGGUAGAGGAGCUAAGCCAGCUGGAGGAUGGGCUUCGAAUGCAGAAGGAGCGUCUGGAGAAGGAGGUUGCAGCCGAACGUGCUACCCUAGCCCUGCUGGUCCAGGCGCACAAGGACCGUCAGCGGCAGCUACGGGAAACCCAAGAGAAGGGAGCACAGGACGCCACCAUGCUUUUCCAGGAGGAGCAGCGAAUCAAGCAGGCCGAGCAGCGCCUUCAGUUCAAGGAGCGCCAGUUAGCCACCCUGGCAGACAGCCACCUGCCAGCAGUUGCGGAGGAGAGGCAAAGAGCUGCCGAGCUACUCGAACGAGGCAACGCUGGCGGGGACAGCGGCCGCCACAGCCCCCCGGCCCUGGACAACACACUGUACCAGGUGGAGAAGGAGCUCGAGGAGAAGAAGGAGCAGCUGACGUUGCACUGUGCCAGUGCCGAGCAGCUCCAGCAACUCCACGACACGUACGAGUUCACGGCCAACGUGGCACGGCAGGAGGAGAAGGUGCGAAGGAAGGAGAAGGAGAUCUUAGAGUCGCGGGGAAAGCAGCAGCGAGAGGCCUUGGAGCAGGCUGUGGCACGCCUCCAGAGAAGGCACUGUGCCCUGAGGCGUAGCAUCUCACUGGAGCCUGAGAACGAGGAGCUGAAACAUAAAGGGUCAAUCCUGAACACGGCACGGGCCACUCCAGAGCUAGACCAGGAAAGAGUGGAGCGUGAGAUCCUGAAGCUGAAGCAGAGGAUCAGUGAGAGUGAAGGGAGUGGGAGGAGCCACUCGGUGAGCGGCGAUGACAAGGGCAGUCACACCAACUCUCCAGUCAGCCCCAUCAUCGCAAGCCUCCCGGGUGUACUGCCCAUUGCAGACGAAAGGAUCAAUGCAUACAUUGAGGAGGAGGUUCAAAGAAGAUUACAGAAGAUUAAUCUCCUGAAUGGGGACACCGUUGAUCUUUCAUUUUCAUCUGAGUCACUGAAGGAGGAGGAAGAAGUUAAUGAAUCUAGGUCUGUAAGACUAACCGAUGAGGAUGAUGACAAGCAACAAAAUCAUGUAAAUCCAAGGAAACUGAAAUAUGAGAUACACUCCAUGCCCUUGCUGUGGCGGAGUUUCCUGCAUGUUCCUUGGCAUGAGAAUAGUACCUACUUGAAUGGCAGUAAAACAUAUUCAGAAGAAAAAGAAGGGGAAGAUCACUCAGAUUUAGAUAAAGCAGACAAUCCAGAAAAGACAACCAAAGACUUAAUCAAAAACGAGAGUCUACCUUGUAGACAAGGUAACACAGCCAAGUGGUGGCAUGUAGGGGUGAUGGUACAUCGAGAAAAACUGGAUCAAACAAAGACCAAGCACUAUGAGUGUGACAUUGGGACCAAAUAUAUAGACAUAUCAACAGCUGUCACAACCAAUAAUGACAUGUAUUACGAUGUCCCUGGAAAGAGAGACACCAACCUAGGUUGUUACAUUCUUGACAAGAACCAACAUCUUACGUGUAGCCAAUCCAAAGAAACUGAAGAAGAAAACAAGCUUCUGGACAGAUCUGUUUUGCACACUGAAAGUCACGCAAGGGAUCCUGUACCUGAUAAAGCUACUAAAGUCCCAAUAAGACAAAGCUCACAGACUCAAAUCUCUCUGAAUGGCUACUUUGGUGUCAAUCUGACCUUAGUGUCAACACGCCAUCAAAAACAGCCAAAUGAGAGGACCUUUGAUCUGAUCACUAGAAUGCUGGGAGCAAAACAGGGUUACAUUCUCGGAUAUUUUGCUGGAAAGCUAACUGCUGUUUACAAGGAUGCUGGAAAAUGUUUGCAAAGCACACAGAAAAUUAUCCGUCAGGUUAGACAAAGGGAUGCAAACAGAUUAAUCAGCUCAUACCUGACAAUGGUAGGUAGGGAGCCUCAGCAACUGCAGCUUGAGUUGGAACCAAAAUCUAGCAAUGGAGCUAAGGAAGUUUCUUUUGCUAAUUUGGCAGAUUGUGAUAUUUUAAAUUCCUCAGACAACAUCGGUGUGCUUUCUGGUCAAAGCACCAAUAGAUGGCCACAAGGUUCUGUGUUGUCAGGGAAAAUUGGAAAUCCAGAAGUCUUGUUCCAGAAGCUUGUGCAAUUCCCAGAGUGUCUUUUGGAGCUACAGUCCCUUCCACUCUUGGAGAUGCUACAGCAUUUGAACAGAUUAUUGCCCCAGGUCGCUGCCACCUCUGGCCAGCUUUUGGGGAUCUACUGGCUGAGGAUUGCUAACUUCAAGAGGCCUACAUCACAACCAGGUUGUUUGCUUUUAUUUGAAACAGAGUUGUAUGCAAUUUCCAGUAGAAUGGGUUUUAAUGAAGAUGACCAGGCCUUGGAGGUUUUUCACAAAUCCUCUCUCUUGGAUAUCCAGGAAAUUCAAGUGAGUUUUGCUGGACAGCUAGUCCGAUUCAUUGGCUCCUCUGAAGAAACUCUCUUGGUAGCAUUCACUCACAACAAAGACCUUACCCAGACGUUAUGCAGAACAUUCCACAACAUAUUUAAAGUAUCUAAGGGUGUUGAAGGUACCAGUGCCCACCCUUUGCUCCAAGAAGACCUCAUGUCUCUCUCACUGGAUUGGAGGUCCCAUGUCCCAGACCUCCUUCUAAGCAACCAACUUCGCAUCACAUCCCGAUUCAAGAAAGACCAUGCUGACCUGCUCUAUAUCCUACAUGGCAACAUGGAAGGGAGUGGCAAACCCUCUCUAGCGGACAUUUGCCUUCUUCUCUACACUUGUGUCAAGAUUGAAGACUCCUCUAACCAAAGUCAAGAUGACCUAUCUCAGUUCAUUCUCACUGACACUCAUGUAGGCCUGCUGCAGGAAGAGAGUGUGUUCCACGCCGUGCCACAAGGCUCCGACCUGGUUCCCAUCCAGUCCCAAUAUCGGGGAAUUGAACUUCGCAGACGUUCAGACAUCCGGUGUCUUCUUGUCAGGCAAAAUGAUAAUUGCAUGGUUGUAGACAUUCUGUAUUCCAAGGCUUGUAAACUACAGGCUGAGACCAAAAGCAAAGAUGAAGUUUCUGAUCCCCUGUAUGGGGGCCGCAUAGCAGAUUCCUGGAAGUUAAAAUUUGGUUGCAUCUCAGAAGCUAUGAUUCUAAUCAAUAAUCUGUCUACCUAAGCACAUGAGUGAGUUAAGAACAAAAAAUGCCUCAAUGAUCAUUUCAAGCCAGUCAUGCCAAGGGUGUUAAAAAAUCUUAUCUUAUACUUGUUCUCAGUGUUAGGUCACUAUAUUUACAUUUACAUUUAUUCAUUUAGCAGACGCUUUUAUCCAAAGCGACUUCCAAGAGAGAGCGUUACAAAGUGCAUAGGUCACUGAUAACAACAAGAUAGCCCCAAAAACAUUGCGGGUAGCCAAAACAUGAAGCACAUAUUGUGAACAACCAAAAUAAGUGCCAAAGGGAAGAACCACAAGAGCAUGUAGUUAAACAAGUUACAAUUAAACAACAUGAAUCGCUAUAAGUGCAAGUGUACCUGUAGAAAAGCAAGCAACAGUAAAAAUAUUUCAACAAUUUAAAUCAGUUACCACUAACCAACAAGAGCAGCAAGUCUCUAAGCAUAUUAUGGUUUUGAAACCCAAAGUUCUUCUUUCAGUGUGCAUAGGUGUGCUGCUCAAGGAUAUAGUGAAUUAUCUGAACUGAUAACACAAUACAAACUGAAGAUAUAAAGGUUACCUUCUGUCUGCAAUUCCUAAAGAGCACCUUUGAACAAAUGACAAAGUUUUAAAGAAUUUGACUUUGAAAGUGUACUGUUGCUUUUUUAAAUGUUUUAUAUGUAAAGAUGUUGUUGCUCUUGCAAACCAAUUAUGCCAUAGUGGUGAUAUAAAUCAAAUGAUGACCAACAGUUCAUUUAACUAAAAGGAUCAAAGUUCAGAAUUUGAUUAUAUUUGAUAAUAUUUACAAAGGUAUCUUACAAAAGUGUAUUAAUUUCACAUUGGUUUAUGGAAAUGGAGAGGAAAUUACUGUUUUAUUUAAUAUGCAGUAUAUAAUAUCAGGAAAAAUAUGAUAAGUCAAAUAUUAGGGUGUGCAAUGUGCAAUAUCAAUGAAAGAGGGAAUAUGUUUGUGCAAUAUAUUUAAUGAGACCUAUGAUUGCUGCUCCAAAGAUUUGUUGACAAAAGAAUAAACAAAUAAAGAUUGUACUAGCAUGAUUAACUUUGUCUUUGUUCAUGAAGCUACUUUUGAGUCAAGGUAUAACAUUUUUAUUCCGUGAAUUAGAGGAUAUCUUUCCCUCCACAUCUAUUUCCUCUUCAUCCCUCUCUCCACGUUU